AUGAGAGGAGAGGGACGUGGAGGGGCGGAGAAGGUUGAGAGGGACGAGAAGGUUCCAGCAGGGAUAUUAGAAGAUAGUAUGGUUGAGACGAGUGAGACUGAAACGAGUGAGACUGAAACGAUUCAGGCUGGCAAGGAAGGCGGUGCUGGGAGCAAGAGAGCAGCUGUUGCAGCUGCCGUGAGAAAAGCUGCUGCUCUGGUGGGUACUGUGCCUAGUAGACUAAAGGAAACUGGUGCUCCCAUAAAGGAGGUGCCUCGUAAGCUGAAAAGAGCUGCUGACGUGGCUGCUGAGGCGCCUCGAGCGUUGACCCAUGCUGCGGGUGAGGUGGCUCGAAAGGCCGGGCAGAAGCUAACUCAGCUGCCGGAUUCUGUCUUUGACUUGGGUCAACGAACCGGUCAACGCGUCAAGGGAAGGUUGGGAGACUUGGCAGGUGAUCAGAUAGGGCAAAAGUUGGGUCAACUGCCGGAUGCAGUCUUUGACUUGGGUCAACGCAUUGGUCAACGGGUCAAAGGUAGGCUGACAGACAUGGCAGGUGACAAGGCUGGGCAGAAAUUGGACCAACUGCCAAUUUCUGUCUUUGACUUGAGUCAACUGCCGGAUUCUGUCUUUGACUUGAGUCAACUGCCGGAUUCUGUCUUUGACUUGAGUCAACUGCCGGAUUCUGUCUUUGACUUGGGUCAACGCACUGGUCAACGCGUGAAGAGCAGGCUGAGGGAUCAGGCUGCUGGAUGGAGGAGGAGACUGAGUCAACGUUUGGUUGACCGAUCCAACGCAGCGAGUACAACUGUAGAUGGGUUACAGGACAAGACAGAAGCAGCCCAGCAAGUCUCAGCAGGUAUAGCUUCGGCAGACCUAGCUUCGGCAGACCUAGUUUCGGAAGACCUAGCUUCGGCAGGGGUUGGAUCAAGUUCGGGCUCAAAGCAGACACGUCAGAAGCGGGGAGUGUGGGACGAGGCAGUAAUAGCGCGGGGCAUAUCAGAGGGGACUGUGAGGGAGGCACUGGAGGGGCUACAACCUCUGCCUGCAGUGGUGUCUAAGGUGGCUGUUGGGUCAUCAGAGGCAGUGGAAGGGCUGCUGCAGCCGCUGCCGGCUGUGGUGGCUAAGGCAGUAGCGCGGGGCAUAUCAGAGGGGACUGUGAGGGAGGCACUGGAAGGGCUGCAGCCGCUGCCGGCUGUGGUGGCUAAAGUGACGGGUGCCGCUGAGGUGGUGGUGCUGACUGCACGGCAGUAUGUGGACAGGAUGGUGAGUGAAGCUCGGGUGCGGGAAGGGCGGCAGGUGAUGGAAGCUCACAGGAAGCUUCUGGCGGAGAUCGAGGAGAUCUACGGUGUGCCGCCGAAUGUGAUGACGGCGCUGUGGGGCAUAGAGAGCAGCUAUGGGAAGAACAUGGGCAAGUGGGACGCCAUUCAAGCUCUGCUCACCCUCGCGUAUCGUACCAAGCAGCCUCGGCGUGCUGCCUUCUUUCGUGAAGAACUGAUGGAAGCACUAUCGAUCCUUGAGAGCAACCAUGGGCCUUCCAUAGCAACCCAGAGCCUUCCUGCUGCCGCUGCUGCUGCUGCUGCUGCUGAUACAGCUGCAAGCGCAGUGGGAGAGCGGAGGGUGCGGUUGCUGGGGUCGUAUGCAGGGGCGAUGGGGCAGUGCCAGUUCAUGCCUUCAUCUUUCAAUGCGUAUGCUGUGGAUUAUGACAGAGAUGGGCGAAGAGACAUCUGGACAUCGGUUCCGGACGUGCUCGCAUCCAUGGCAAACUACCUCAAGUGCAACCGAUGGAGGCGAGGGGAACCAGUUGGUGCUGAGGUGGUCCUGCCCCCUGACUUCCCGCCCGCCCUCUUAAAGCCCGCCGUGAAACUCACCGUGGCGGAGUGGCAGCAGAAGCACGGAGUCAGAAUUGCUGAUGGCGGUGGUGGCAGCAAUGGCAGCGGGGAGAGCAAUGGCAAGGAUGGGAGCGAUUCCACAUCUCUACCGCCCGACAUGAUUGCCUCUCUGGUGGCACCUGACGGUCCAGCUGGCGUCGCUUACCUGGCGUGCCACAACUUCCACGUCAUCCUGCGCUACAACCCCUCCUCGCUGUACGGGCUUGCCAUUGCUGAGCUGGCACGCAGUCUGGGAUACGGCAUGGCGGAUCGGUUGACGCGAAUUGCGAUCGUGAGCGGCGAUCGCUGCAAGCCCAAGAAGUGUCGGCAGGAGUGCAAGAAGAGCUGUCCAGUCGUCAAGACUGGCAAGCUAUGCAUCGAGGUCAGCUCCUCCUCCAAAAUCGCCUUCAUUUCCGAAGAGCUCUGCAUCGGUUGCGGUAUCUGCGUCAAGAAAUGUCCGUUCGACGCCAUUGAAAUCAUCAAUCUGCCCAAGGACCUCGAUAAGGACACCACGCACCGCUACGGCCCCAACACCUUCAAGCUCCACAGGCUGCCAGUGCCGCGGCCAGGCCAGGUGCUGGGUCUGGUGGGCACGAAUGGCAUUGGCAAGUCAACGGCGCUCAAAGUUCUUGCGGGCAAGCUCAAGCCCAACCUCGGGCGAUUCAGUAACCCCCCUGACUGGCAGGAGAUUCUAACCUACUUCCGAGGGUCGGAGCUGCAGAACUACUUCACUCGCAUUUUGGAGGACAACCUCAAGGCCAUCAUCAAGCCACAGUACGUGGAUCACAUUCCCAAGGCGGUGAAGGGGCUGGUGGGCGUGGUGCUGACAGAGAAGGACGAGCGCCAGGCCAAGGAGGAGCUGUCGGAAGUGCUGGAGCUCAAGCAGGUGUGGGAGCGUGAGGUGGAGCAUCUAUCAGGGGGAGAGCUGCAGCGGUUUGCCAUUGGGGUGGUUGCUGGGCAGCUGGGAGACAUCUACAUGUUCGACGAGCCCUCCAGCUACCUGGACGUGAGGCAGCGAUUGAAGGCAGCGCAGGUCAUCCGCUCGCUGCUGCGCCCUGACAGAUACGUGAUUGUGGUGGAGCACGACUUGAGUGUGCUCGAUUACCUCUCUGACUUCAUCUGCUGCCUCUACGGCAAGCCGGGUGCCUACGGGGUGGUCACGCUGCCUUUCUCCGUGCGGGAGGGCAUCAACAUCUUCCUUGCCGGCUUCGUGCCGACUGAGAACCUGCGCUUCCGAGACGAGUCGCUCACCUUCAGGGUGGCUGAAACCCCAGUGGAUAACCCAGAAGAGGCCAAGACGUACACGCGCUACAAGUACCCGCGCAUGAUCAAGAAGCAGGGCGGGUUCAAGCUCACUGUGGAGCCGGGGGACUUCACAGACUCGCAGAUUGUGGUGAUGCUGGGGGAGAACGGCACCGGCAAGACCACCUUCAUCCGCAUGCUGGCCGGCCUCUUGAAGCCGGACCCAGAUGAAGAAACGGGCAAGGAGGCGGAAGACCUUCCGGAGUUCAACGUGUCGUACAAGCCACAGAAGAUCAGCCCCAAGUUCCCGCACAGCGUGCGCGCGCUGCUGCAUUCCAAGAUCCGCGACUCCUUCCACCACCCGCAGUUCAACACGGACGUGCUGCGCCCCAUGCAGAUCGAGCCACUCCUGGACCAGGAGGUGGUGAAUCUGUCUGGUGGGGAGCUCCAGCGUGUUGCUAUCACCCUCUGCCUCGGGAAGCCUGCCGACAUCUACCUGAUCGACGAGCCAUCGGCCUACCUGGAUUCCGAGCAGCGCAUCGUGGCAGCCAAGGUCAUCAAGCGCUUCAUCCUGCACGCCAAGAAGACGGCCUUUGUGGUGGAGCACGACUUCAUCAUGGCAACGUACCUGGCGGACCGGGUCAUUGUCUACGAGGGGCAGCCUUCAGUCGACUGUACCGCUCGUACUCCUCAGUCCCUUAACAGUGGGAUGAACCUCUUCCUCUCGCAACUGGACAUUACGUUCAGGAGGGACCCCACCAACUUCCGGCCGCGAAUCAACAAGAUGGACUCCGUUAAGGACCGCGAGCAGAAGUCUGCGGGCACCUACUAUUACCUCGACGAAUGA